AUGAUUCGAGUCUACAUGGACACGCUCGCAACACCUCGGCCGCGGUCUCCGUGCCGCCGUCAAAGCCGCCGUCAGUGGAAACUGUGUGAACGCGCGCGCUAACGAGGGUGGUUUUUCCGAGGAGACGCGGGCGCGCAACGGCGCGUCCUUUGGCCGCGAGCAACGCGACGACAGGACGAGUGCUGAAGCGACGAGGGCAAAAGUUUGGAUUUACCAUGGACACGUUACUGGCUAUAGAAAAGAUCGUACAGUAUUCUCUUAAGCCUGGAAUGGAGGCGAAGAGUCCUUUAGCGUAGACAUGGACUCGUACGAUCUGUUUGGUGAAGAUGGCAGUGGCUCGAUGCUCGACGCUCUUCCUGAUCUCGGAGGGAAUGAUCAUUUCGAUCCUGCGCCUGCGAAUAAUUCCGUAGCGGUGUCCAGGGACGGUUUGAAUUCUGGCCCUAAUGGAGGGAGUUACAUUAAUCAGUCGUACAAUAUUUCCCAAGAAUCUCCACUUCAAAAAUUGACCUCAUUCGGCGGAUCUGAAUUUGGUGGUUCCAGUCAGUUGCAAAGCCCGUCGCAGCGCAGUAUGUUUAACCAAAACCUCGGAACGUUCGAUAGUAGCGCUCCUCAGCGUGCUAUGGUGCCGGGCGCCUUUCAAAACCAGGCCCGCAGUAUCGCACCGCAGCACAGGGGACCUCAUCCGGGUGGUAGUGGUCAGUAUCCUAGCUAUAACGACAAUAUGUAUUCCAUGGAGCAGCAACACUCGAUGGCCAGGGCUAACAUGAGCAUAGACCCUAGCCAACAGGGUUGGCCGGGCAACGGCAGCGCUUACCCUCAGAUGCAGAGGCAUUACAAUCAGAUGGCACCGCAGCCCGGCACGUACAGGCAACACAUGCCACCGCAGUAUUCUCAUCAGCAGGAUCAGGCUGGCGUGAUUAAUCAAAAGAUGCAGCAGCAGCAGCAGCAGCAACAGCAGCAGCAGCAGCAGCACUUUAGUAAUCAACAGGGAAUGAUCGGGAACAUGGGUGUGCUGCACCAGUCGAUGCAGGCCGGCGCGUCCGGCGGUGUCUACCAGCACAUGGUCGGCCAGCAGCAGCAUUACCAGCAGGGUAACUCGGUGGCGAUGUAUCAGGCGUCUCCCGGUUACCCUGGUUUCCCGUCGGCGCUUCAUCAGCAGCAGCAGGCUCAGCAGGCACCUCAGCGGAUGCCGCAUCAUCAUCCGCAGCACCCGACUCACCAGCCGCACCCGUCUCAUCCGCAGCAAUAUCCUCAGCACGCUCAGCAUCCGAGCACGCCGCAACAGCCGACGAUGGACCCGCAGUAUCCCCAUCACGCGACGUCGAUGUUCAAUCAGCCGCAGCACUCGGCGCCCCCGCAGCAAUUCGGCACGGCGAAGCACGCCACCAGUCCUCAGUAUCGGGCGACUUUCCCCCAGUUGUCGCCGCAAAUGUCGCCGAGGCCGCAGAUGUCGCCGCGUCCGCCGGCGGUGCAACAGCAGAUGUCACCUAGGCCCAUAAUGUCACCCGCGAAAUCCACCACGUUGUCGCCGCAUCCGCACGUUCAGCUGCCCCAUCAGCAGGGCAACCAGUCGAACGCGAUGUCCGUGUCGCCCUGCCCGCCCACGUCCAUGCAGAUGAAUCCGUCGUCGCAGCCGAGCACCCUGCAGGCUCUGGAGCAAAUGGUGAUGCCGGGGGUUGCCGUGUCCAACUCCGUGCCUGGUUCGGCUCCGGACCAGUACAGUCAGUUCCAAACGCGCCCGCCGAUGUCGCAGACACCGAAUGUCAUGCCGCAGUCGACGGCGCAGAGUCCUAUGCCUCCGGCGGCGGUCGCCGGGCCCCGGGUGCCGAUGCCCACACAGUGGUCGCAUCCGCAGCAGCAACAACAGCCGCCGCCGCCGCCGCCGCAGCAGCAGCAGUCUCAAAUCAGGCCGAGCAUCGGUGUCAGCGAGGAUAGAGGAAGCGGUGGCGUGGUCGAGCCUCAGCAGGCACCCGUUACGUCCGAGCAGAGCGCUCCCGCGAUGUUCCCCGUGACCGGGCCGGAGGCGGCUGUCCACGGCAUCGCGGAGACGGCGACAACGACGAACACAACGACGACGAGGGAUCCGAGCACGACGACAGAGAGCGUGCAGAAUCCGAUCGAAACCCCAAAGCAGCAGGAGACCGAACCCUCCUUGCAUCAGAGCGCUCAGAGUCAGCAGCCGGACGCCGCGCUGGUACCACCGCAGGUGGACACCUCGGCGCCGCCGAGUAAUCAGCAGAACAAUCUACCCUCGGAUUCUACGCCCACAUCGGCGAGCAUACCUCAGGUGGAGACGGUGCAGUCCCUUCCGGCGUCGAGUACAAGCGGGAACAUGGAAUGCGCGAACGUGACUACGUCGUUGCAGCAACAACAGCAGGUUCCUGCGCCGAUGCAGAAUCCCGUUCCCGAGAGUCAGAACACGUGCGAGACGACGAAGCCUCAGGAGCAGAGUAUAGAGGUCGGUGCUCUGCAUCAUCAGCAGCAGCCGUUGAGUAGCACGACUCAACCGGCAAUGGGACAGUCGCAAGCGCAACAGCAGCAACAACAACCUAUCAAUUGUCCUCCGCAGCAAGCGGUAGUGCAGCAGCCGGUGCAGCAGCUUCACAUGCCUCAGUCGCAGAUGGUCCCGGCUCAGGCGGCGAUACCGCCGCCGGCUCAGCCUCUGCAGUCGCCGCAGCAAUCGCAGCAGAUUGAUCAGUCGCCGGCUGUUCAGAUGAACCAGCAGCUGCAAACGCAGCCGCCGAUACCUCAACCGCAGCAACAGCCGCAGCAAAUCCAACAACAGAUAGCCCCGACUCAGCAGCCGCAAAUUCCGCAGCCCCAACAACAGCCCGUGCUGAAUCAAGCUCAGGCGGUGCAGCCGAUCCCGCCGGCGCCGCAGCCGCAAUUGGUACAGCCUCAGCUGGGACAGCCGCAGCCUCAACUGCCGCAAACACAGCCCCAAUUGGUGGGACAACCGGCGCAGGCGGCUCAGCAAGGCCCGGCUUGCGUCACCCCGCAGCCAGCGACACAGCCGCAGACACAGCCGUCUCAUAUGCCGCAGCAGGUCGGUAUAAUGCCGCAGAACACCGCGAUGAUUCCGCCUCAGAUGCCGCAGAUCCAGGCUCCUCCUCCGAUGCAGAAUCCAAGCGCGCCGGUCCCGGCGACGCAUCUCAACGCUCAACAGAUACCCACGGUCAGCCAGACCGCCGGUAUGGUACUGCCGACGCAUCAACCUGCCGUUCCCGUGCCAAAUUCACAAACGCCACAUCAGUAUCACCCCGGAGGCGACAUGAUCACUGGUAAUACCAUGCCAAACAUGUACAGUAUGCCGGCUAAUCCGACGCAGGCGCCAGUCGCGGCGAGCGGUUUCGGCACAACCUGCGCGCCGGUCACGCAUCAUCAGGAGAGAGCGGCGUUGCAACAGCAGUUGCAGGAACUGUUCUGCACACCUCCGACUCCGGAGAAUCAGGAGAAGAUAGUCGCCUUGCAAGAGAAGUUGCAGGCGCUGCAGCAGCAUGAGACGAACGACCAGUGCAACGGCGGUCCGCAGUGCAUACUGCAGACGCCAAUGUUUACAGCCGCCGUGGUCGACAGUCCACAGGUUUCUAGUACCACUGGGCGUGGCCGCAGCAAGGGUACACCGCGCGCGAAGAAGAGUCGGAAGAAAGCUGACAAAGAGGCGUCCGCGCCUACUACCAUCACUCAGCAGCAACCCGAGCAGCCCUUGUCAGACAAUAAAGUUACCCCGGGUGAUAGUAGUAACGUUGUAGACAGUGUCGCGGAUUCGGAAGACAUGAAACCGUCGUCCGGUGAUAUGGAGGAGGAGUGGAACAAGAGUAGGAAGUCGCGAUCGCCUCGGAAGCCGCGGAAACCGAAAGAACCGAAGGAGCCGAAAGAACCGAAGCCUAAGAAAGAACCGAAACCGCCGAAAGAACCUAAGUCACCGAAGGUGGCGAGGAAGAGGAAUAAGGACAAGGAUUCUACGAAACGCAACAGGAAAAAAACUACUCCAUCUGAGUCUGCUGACGAUGAAGUCGUACGCGAAAGCGAAGAAACUGCCGUUUCGGAUUCCAGUGCUGUUAAGGACACCGAGACAAAGGUCUGUGAACCGUCCAUUCAAGGUGAUCAGGAACAAGUGGAUUCUUCUACCACUGAGCCUCUGUUAACUGAAGUAAAGGAAGAGGGAAAAGAGAAGAUAGGAGCAGAAGAUAUUCCGGAGGAAGAGAAAAAAGAGGAAAACUCGGAAGCGACGACUGCGGCCGCUGAAAAUGUGACCUCCAAUAAAAAGAAACCCGCGCCUAGAAAACGAUCGAACACCGGCAAGGUUUCUGCGGGAAAAUCUCCCAGAAGUUCCAAGAAACGCAAGAGUCGCAUUGCGCCUGAUUCCGACGGUGAAGAGUUGGCGGCGACUCCUCCGCCAUCACCGGAGGCCGGCGACGACGUAAACAAGAGGCGUUCUGCGAGAAAUACUCACCGCAAGAAGUACGUGGACGAUGUGAUGUUACGAUUCUCGGACGAUGACGUUCCCAUACAAGAGACUCAACUUUCGAAGAAGGUGGAGGGUGCGAACACUUCGAAACCUGCUGCCGCUAAAAAGGAGAACGAAGGCAAUGAGAUCGGACCGAACAAACCCAACUUUGUGUAUAUUAAUACUACCGAUGAGGAUUCUAUGGUUGUGCAACAUAUUUUAUGCUCUCGAAUGGGAAAGAGAGAAAUUAAGCCCGUAAUACCGGUCACGCCGAAGACGGAACCACCUGCGGAAAAGGAUACGGACAAGGAGUCGGCUGAGGACAAGGAUACGGCGACCGAGGAUCCCGUAAAAGAGGAGGAAGGCGCGGUAUCCGAAACGACUGAGAAAGAAAUAAAGACUGAGUAUACGGAAGAGGAGGAGGAGAAAGAGAAGAAGAAGAAUGAGGCCGACAGCGUGAAGGAGGAUUCGAAGAAACAGGAGGAACUUCCCGCUGCGGAAUCCAAAUCAACUACUACCGAGACUACUGCCGUUGUUGAGGCGAAACCGCAGAUGAUCGAGGUCGAAGAAUAUUUCGUUAAAUACCGGAACUUUUCGUACCUGCAUUGCGAGUGGAGAACAGAGGAGGAAAUGUACAAAGGGGAUAAACGUAUUCAAGCGAAACUGAAGAGAUUCAAGCAGAAACAGCAGCAGAAUACAAACAUCUUCGAAAAUACCGAGGAUGAUCCUUUCAAUCCAGACUUUGUCGAAGUUGAUCGAGUCUUAGACGAAGCAACGCACACUGAUCCGACCACUGGGGAAACAGUCCGGCACUUCUUGGUCAAGUGGCGAUCCCUUCAAUAUGAGGAUUCUACGUGGGAAUUGGAAGAGGAUGUUGAUCCUGAAAAAAUAGCGCAAUUUGCAAGAUUUAACAAAGUGCCACCCAAGGACCAGUGGAAGCCGAAGAAGAAACCUAAUGCUGCGGCUUGGGUAAAAUUGGAAGAAUCGCCAAUUUACAAGAGCAAUAAUAGUCUGAGGCCGUAUCAGUUGGAGGGAUUGAACUGGCUGCUGUUCUCGUGGUAUAACGGACACAAUUGCAUUCUCGCCGAUGAGAUGGGCUUGGGAAAGACCAUUCAAUCACUGACGUUCGUGGACGCGGUCUAUAAAUACGGAAUUCGUGGACCGUUCUUGAUUAUAGCCCCAUUGUCGACCAUUCCAAAUUGGCAGCGAGAGUUCGAAAGCUGGACCGACAUGAAUGUCGUGGUAUAUCACGGAUCCGCGGCAAGUCGCACCAUGCUUCAGGAGUACGAGGUUUAUUACAAGAGCGAGAAAGGACAGCAAAUCAAGGAUCUGGUCAAAUUUAACGUAUUGAUCACGACGUUCGAAAUUAUUAUAACUGACUUCAACGAAUUGCGCGGAUACAAUUGGAGGCUCUGUGUCAUAGACGAGGCGCAUCGGUUGAAAAAUCGGAACUGCAAGCUCCUAGAGGGCCUCAGACAGUUGAAUUUGGAGCACCGGGUGCUCCUGUCGGGCACACCGCUGCAGAAUAACGUCAACGAGCUGUUCUCGCUGCUGAAUUUCCUCGAGCCGGUGCAGUUCGCGAGCAGCGAAGCGUUCCUCAAGGAAUUCGGCAAUUUGAGCAGCGAGGGCGAGGUACACAAGCUGCAGCUUCUCCUCAAGCCGAUGAUGUUGCGUCGUUUGAAGGAAGACGUCGAGAAAUCAUUAGCGCCAAAGGAGGAGACCGUCGUCGAGGUGGAGUUGACGAAUAUACAGAAGAAAUAUUACCGCGGCAUACUGGAGAGAAAUUUCUCGUUUCUCGCCAAGGGCACCACAUCGGCCAACAUUCCGAAUCUCAUGAACACCAUGAUGGAGCUGCGAAAGUGCUGCAUCCAUCCGUUUCUGCUGAACGGCGCCGAAGAUCAGAUCCAAUUGGAUUACAAGACCGGGGAGAAGGAGGACUCCGAGGCGUACUACCACGCAUUGGUGAACAGCUCCGGUAAGAUGGUGCUGAUCGAUAAGCUGUUGCCAAAACUGAAGGCCAGCGGCCACCGAGUCCUGAUCUUCAGCCAGAUGGUGAAGUGUCUGGAUCUGCUGGAGGACUAUCUGCUGUACAAGAAGUACCCGUACGAAAGGAUCGACGGCCGGAUUCGGGGUAACCUGCGACAGGCCGCCAUCGAUCGUUACAGCAAACCCGACUCUGAUCGCUUCGUCUUCCUGCUCUGCACGAAGGCGGGCGGCCUCGGUAUCAAUCUGACCGCGGCCGAUACCGUAAUCAUCUACGACAGCGACUGGAAUCCGCAGAACGACCUGCAAGCGCAGGCUCGUUGCCACCGGAUCGGCCAGCAAAAGAUGGUCAAGGUGUACCGUCUGCUCUGCCGCAACACGUACGAGAGGGAGAUGUUCGACAAAGCCUCCCUCAAGUUGGGACUCGACAAGGCGAUCCUGCAAUCCAUGAACACCAGCCAAGGCGGCAAAGACCCCAGUAACAAGCAGCUGACGAAGAAGGAGAUCGAGGACCUGCUGAAGAAAGGCGCGUACGGCGCCAUCAUGGACGACGACAACGCCGGCGACAAGUUCUGCGAGGAGGACAUCGAGCAGAUACUCGAGCGAAGAACGCAGAUCAUCACGAUCGAGGCGGAGAAAGGCUCAACGUUCUCGAAAGCGAGUUUUGCCUGCUCCUCGAACCGGUCGGACAUCAACAUAGACGAUCCCGACUUCUGGAAGAAGUGGGCGAAGAAAGCGGAGAUCGAUACGACGGAGAAGAAAGAGGAGGACGAGCUGGUGAUAUCCGAACCACGACGAAGGACGCAGAUCAAGCGUUACGGCCAUGACGAGUCCGUGGUCGACAUGUCCGAGCUGGACAGCUCGGACGAGAACAGCGACGACGACACGGGCAUCGGCCUGUCCGGCAGAGGCAAAAAACGCCGCGACAAGUUCAACAAGAAGACGCGCAAAUUCUACGACGAAUACGUGCCGCGCGAGGGAGAGGUGGUUUACGGCAGCUGGGCGCGAAGCGAAUGCUUUAAGGUCGAGCGAGGACUGCUGACGUUCGGUUGGGGUCGUUGGGAAGAGAUCCUGCAGCACAGCCAAUUCAGGCGUGGCUGGCGCGAGGUCGACGUCGAGGACUGCGCGCGCGUUAUCCUGCUCUACUGUCUGCGUUAUUAUCGUGGCGACGAGAAAAUCCGUACUUUCAUCUGGGACCUUAUCACGCCCGUGGAGAACGGCGAGAAGGUGAAGAGCGUGUCGAUGAACACCGGCGGCAGGAACAGCAGGCAAAAGAAGAAGGGCCGCGUGCGCGAAGGCAGGGAGACUCGGGGAUCCGUCGUCAACGGGGGACCGAGUGACCCGAAUCACUGGAGCAAUGCCGAGAAGUUCGACGGCGACAUCUUCCUCGAGAGCAACUACAGGAAGCACCUGAGCCGUCACGCUAACAAAGUGCUGUUGCGCGUGCGAAUGCUGUAUUAUAUCAAGCACGAGAUCAUCGGCGACCUGGUGCAGCACAUCUCCGACGGCGUUCACGUCAGUGCGUUGCCGAUAGACCCUCCACAAUUGACGGAUCGACCGGCGAAAUGGUGGGAUUCGACAGCAGAUAAAUCCUUAAUAGUCGGCUGCUACAAACACGGCUAUGAGAAUUACGACCAGAUGAGGACUGAUCCCGCGCUUUCUUUCAUUACAAGCUGUCCUCCCCCUUCCCAGUCUCAGAGAAAGAGUGUCGACAGCAGCAGCCGGGACGAUAAUAGCCUGGAGAACGACGUGGAAGAUGGCGAGUCCGCCGGCAUGACGAAGGACUCGAAGGACUCCGAUAAGUUCAGCCGUGAAACGCCAGCGGAUUCUCCCGCCAUUUCCAGCAAGGCGGACACCCCGAUACCGGAAGCUAGCAGCAGUCACGACGGGAACGACGGUCUCUUGCCGGACGACGAGAAGACCUGGCCCUCCGUGGUGGAUCUCAACACGCGAUUGCGCCGAGUGAUAUCUUCCUAUCAACGGAGCGUCAGCUCCAAGAAAGAGGACAUCAAAGUUAUCCCGAAGACCAGCGGCGGCAAGAUGGGCAUGGAGAGCGAAUCAACGCCCAUCAAUCACACCGGCACGAUGCACGAGCCGCCUUUGAACAUGCAGGGAUGGGAUCUGCAACAAUUGGCGAUGUACCUCCUGAAAAUGGAGAGAAGAGAGAAGAUGGAGGCCAUGGUGAAGGAACGAGAACGCACUCGUAUCGAGGAGCAGAAGGCAAAAUGGACGCGCCGCGAGGAGAGCGAAUUCCUGCGGGUGGUAUCCACGUACGGCGUCAAUUACGACAGAAAGAAGGCUCAAUACGACUGGACCAAGUUCAAGAGUAUCGCCAGAUUCGACAAGAAGACAGACAACGAUCUCACGGAUUAUUACAUGUCGUUCCGAGCAAUGUGCAAGAAGGUCUGUAACGCGAAGAUGAACGAGGACGAAGAUAUUCCGGUCGACCAACUGAGCCCGGCCAAAGCGAGACAGAUACUCGAUCGCGUUGACCUCUUGAGCAAGAUCCGUGAGGAGAUCCUGUCGCACCCGCACCUCGAAGAACGACUGUCGUUGUGCCAACCGUCGGGAGACACCCCAGACUGGUGGCAGCUGGGUAAACACGACAAGGAACUGCUGCUGGGAGCCGCGAAGCACGGCCUCGGUCGCACGGACAUAACUAUAUUGAACGAUCCAGAUUUCUCGUUCCACAAACUACUCUCGAGAGGCAUAUACGCGGGCACGCAGACACCGAAGACAAUGGACAAGACGUGCGAGAAGGCGAUAAAGAUCGAGAGCAGGGAGGAUAUCCUGAAGUUCGACAAGGACGAGAUACUCGUCAAAUUGGAGAAAGGGGAAGGGACUUUGAAGAUCGAGAAGGUCGGGGCGAAGAAGGACAAAGAGAGCGCCGCCGACAAGAAGGCCGCCGAGAACACCGAGUCGGAGAAGAGCCAGGUGGAGCUGACUAUCGUGAAAGCUGAGGCCAAGCCCGACGAGAAGUCGAUCGGUAACUCGCUGACGAUCACCACCGUCACGAAAAGCGGCGGCGCGACGCCGGACGCGGAGAACGUCGCCGUGAAGAGCGAAGAGAAGAGCGAAUUGGCGAUCGAGCCGGUUAAAAGCGAGACCGCCAAGUCGACUGACGAGAAGGCUACGAAGGAAGCCAAUGCGGAGAACACGGAGAGUCCCGUUGUCGUCGAAAUGGAAGUGGAAGAGAAGACCUCGGAGAAGGAAGCCAAGGAGGAAGCCGACUCCGCCGAGAAGUCGGAGGAGCCGCAGGCGCAAGACGCGGUGACGGAAACAGCGACCGAGAGAAAUGACGCGGACGCUAAAGAGAAGGAGAAGAACGCCGUUGAGAAAAACGUCGAGACUGCCAUCGAGCCUGCCGUCGCAGCCGAGGAUGACGGCAAGGCGGGCGCAAAGUCGGAUAAUGCGCCAGCUAAGGAGGAGGCCGAGACACAGGAGGUCAAGAGCACGGACGCGGUUGCCAAGGAGAAAACGAAGGUGUGCCAGAUCGAGGAUAAGUGCAGUGUCCAGGCCGCGGAGCUGAAGGCGAUGUUCCCGGAUCUGGAAGUGAUACAACCGUUGUCGCGACUGCCGCAGAUCGACACGUUCGUUUUGCGAGAUAAGACGAUGGAUUACAACAACGAGCCCACGGUGGUGCAGCUUUUGGCCCACGGCUGCGGCAGCACGUCGAUCAAAUGGCCGAAGGAACACGCGAUCGAGGCUCGUUUGAUGCACAUUGUGCACGCGAUCGAGCACAAGGAAUGGCCCGUGUCGGUGAACUUCAGCGCUGGCGAAGAGCUGGAGGUCACCCCGAGCGAGAAGGAAUGUUCGGAGGUGAUAACGAUCACCACGGACCACGGGAUGUCCAGAUCCAUAUCGAGCGGCAACAACAUCUCCGCCUCGAAGAAGCGCAAGAGACACAUCGCCAUCGACGUGGAAACCGAACGAGCCAAGCUUCACGCGCUUCUCAAUAGCAGUCAUUUGAGCACACCGUCACCAGCACCUCUCAGCAAGCCAGUUGUGCUCUCUGGCUCGACUACUUGGGAGCUCAAUGACGAGUCCCAGUCGGAGGAGUCACGACGUUCCACGCCGGUGGUCCAGCCGCCUCCGGCGCACCAGCCGACGCGAACACCGAAUAUACCCUUCGAUCUGAAGUACACCGUCCCGGGGAAAACGACCGUCAUACCCGGCACAUCGAGCACAUUGACGCCCAUCGACUUAUCUGCCGGAUAUCCCAAGUCAAGCUCGGACAGUAACAUUAUAAAAGACAUGAAUAAAGACAUUAUGAACGAGGUGCAGGACUUCUCUAUGCCGAACAAGAAUAAACAAGUCAGUAGCAACAAAGGAAAGUUGGAUAGUAUGCUGGACAAGCUCAUGAAGAGGAAGUCAUGCCCAACGGAGGAACCAGUGAUCGGAAAAGAGAAGAAACGCAGGAAGUUGGACGAAAUAGUAUUAGGCCUCAGCGCGGCGAAGGAGCAGCAGAGCAGCCAUUAUCCCGAGCACAGUAAGAAAAAUACGAUCACGCCUAACGUGACCGUGACCCCGACAUCGGCGCCGAUCGGGCUUCCGAAUCCUCCCACGAGCGCCCAGAAGCCGUUCUCCAUCACCGUUACGUCUAUUCCAUCGUCGCGCGCGUCGAGUUCGAACAAUCCUGUCUUGCCACCGCCGUCACUGCACUCGCACAAGGACAGCUUCUCCGCUCUACUCGCACAGGCGGAGCAGUCUCGGGAGCUGAAGAAACAACAACAGCAACAACAGCAGCAGCAGCAGCAGCAUCAACAACAGCAGCAGCAGCAAGCGGCGUUCAACUCGGCGCACCCGUCUUCUUCCAGCGGUCAUAGAAAGAACUACGAGGCGAUGAUCGCCGAUAUCAACAAGGUCGCCGAGUAUUCGUCCAAGAUCGGCUCCUACUCGCACGAAGCGAAGGUGAACAAGUGGCUGGCGGAUCAGACAGCCAUGUCGGCGGAACAACUGAGCGCGGAGUAUCUGAGUGCGCCCAGACGACGAAGACCGCGCGUCGAUCCGUCUCUGUUGGAUUGGAAGAAGCUCACCGGCGAAGAGAACGUCGCGGUCAUCAAUCGAUUAACUGGCAAGAAGGUAACCGGCAGCAAAGCGCCCCAACUGAAGCGUCUGGGCCAAUGGCUCAUCGAGAAUCCGAUGUUCGACGUGGACCCCAAGUGGGCGGAGCUCGUGAAGGAGCGCGGCAAUCUACCGCACGAUUUGCAGAAACGGCUGCCGGGCAAUGACCGGGGCGGCGUGAACAAGGGCAAGAGUCCCGGCAGACCGCCCAUGAUGCCGAGUCCCACGAGUGCGCAGCAGUCGGCGAAUCCCGCCAACCUGGCGGCCACGUCGAUGGCGUCGGGUCUAAACUUCCCGUCACUGGGCAACCUCAACAGCUCGCUACUGUCGGGCCUCUCGCUCGGCAACUUCGACCCGAAGAACAAUCCGCUGCUGAUGCCGUUCGGCGGCCUGCCGAAUCUCGGCGCCCUGAGCGGCCUCGGCAACCUGGGCAAUCUCAGCAACAUGACCCUGACGAAUUCGCUGUUCGCCAAUCUGGCCGGCCUCGGCCUGCCCUCGUUGGCGGGCAUGGAGGCGGCCUUGAGCGCGACCGCGGCGGCGGCGUCGACCAGCGGCGCGGACGCGAGCAAUCCGCCCGUGAGCUCGUCCGGCGGCGGGGGCGGUGGUGGCAAGAGCGGCGGGGCCGGUUCGUCCGGUAUGAGCAACAGCGGUGGCGGCAAGUCGCGCAGCAGCAAACUGGACCAGCCGAGCACGAGCGGCAAGUCCUCGGUGCCGUCUACUUCGUCCGGCUCCUCAUCGGGCCUACCGACCACCACGCCAUUCCCCUUCUUCUUCCCAAACCCCGGCCUCCUCUACACGCCGCUGGGCCUAGGCGGCCUUAACCCGUUCUCCAUGCAGCCCGGUAGCGUGUCGUCGGCCUACGAGAGCCUCGCCCAAUGCGGCCUCUUGAACCCACCGACUUCUUCGGCGACCACAUCCUCGGUGCGCAACCCGCCUCGUCGACGAGCGGCNAAACCCGCCUCGUCGACGAGCGGCUCGAGGCAACGAGAGACCGUAGAGACCUCGUCGUCGUCUUCCUCUUCGUCCUCGGCGAAGCGGAAGGAGCCUGAGAAAAAGUCGUCGAGGUAUUCCGUAGAUCCAGCCGUCACCCUGCAGCAGUACACGGAUCUGGCGGCGUUGCACGGCGCUGAGGACAGACGUCGUGUCGAGCAGCAGCAGCAGCACGAGAAGAGGGAAACCGCGAUCGCGGAGCCGGCCGAUCUAAUGAUAGCCGAUCUUUCGGAGAAGAAGAUCGAGAAGAUCGAACGCAAAAGCAAAGAGCAGGAGAUGAAGGAGGCGCUCGAGCACCUGAGCAGGACGAGCGCCGAGCUGGUGACGCGGAACAUCGAGGACACGGGCCCGCGAGUGAGCGAGAAGAGGAGCCGCGGCAACACGGACGCCGGCCAGAGUACCGAGCAGCCGCAAUCGACGCCGCUGCCUCUCGAAGUGACUCUGGAGCCCGUGGCGAAGAAGUCGCGGAACACCGAGGCCGCCACGGACGCCAAGUCCACGGCGAACAACGACACACCGACGAUAGAGAUUGAGCCCGUGGCGAGGUCCUCCUUGCCGACGACGCCGGCGAAGGCCGCGGCGCAGCCCUCUCAGGAGGAAGCCGGCGUCGCCUCGUCGUUGGAGGCUCCAGCGAGCAAAAAGGAGGCUAACAACGAGACGACGGCGGCAACGACGGCAACAUCGUCGCCGAUCGCGAACACGACGUCCGCUCCGUGUUCCAGCGGCGGGCCGGCGGCGAAGGCGGCCGACGGCAGCAAGACCACCGCGUCGGAAGUCGAGGAGGAUAGCAAAGGCGGCACCAAGGGCAAGAAGGCCCGCAGCGGCAAGCGGUUGAGCGCGGAGCCUCCUCCUGAGCGCAAGAAUCUCCGCUCCAGCGCCGGCAGACAAGCACGGGCGGCCGCGGAACGACAGGCACGAAUGGAGGGCGAGAUGCACUCCUCCGAGCAGCAGCAGCAGCAGCAACAGGACGGUCACACGGCUGGCGAGUGAGUCGUGGCCGUGAGGGUUCGUCGAACCACCGCGGCAAAACGGCGAUAAUAUCCACGUUCGACGAGGGGGGCAGGAGGAGGAGGAGGAGGCAUGAGCGAGAGAGAUUUCCGAGAUAAUGACGACGUUGACGCUGCUGCAGAUUGUUGUUCACGAUUUUCUUUUUUUUUCUAUUCCACUGACUCGACACUGCUCGCACAACGAAGAUCUGGAUGUAAGAUAUAAUUCCCUGUUCGCCGUUGGCGCUGAAACCGAAAGCGGAAGCCAUAAGAGAAAGAGAGAGGGAGAGAGAAAACAAGUGUGUAUGUUAGUUUCUGAACGGAUCGUCGACGGAGCACAAGUGUUAAGUGAGAAGGGGAGCCUCUGCAAACAUUGGUACAAGAAGCAUACUUCGCCCCGUAGAGUCCCUUUUCUUCGGUUCUCGAUAGUGAAUGUGAUGUGUGUGUGUGUGUGUCGCUUCACGCACGCGCGUACGCGUGAACGAGUUAAACGGAACUCCUUCGUGCCACGGGAGAUGUAAUGCGUAUUAUUCUCAUUCGACGACGGAGUGUUUGAAUGUAUUUACCGAGCGUUGCGAAAUAAAAACAAAAAAAAAUAAAGAAGUUUCUCAAUAUGAAGGCUGCGAUAGUAUUUUAUCACUCGAUAGUUUGCGUGGUGAUUAAUUUUUAAUUGCGUAAUAUGGUACAGUAUAUAAGAAAGGUAUAGUUUUGUUAAAUUUAUUAUCCUAUACUAUAUCUUAUUGGUUUUAAAACAAGAAGGAACUGUUUUAUAUAUAAAAGGAAGAAAAAAUUCAUGCAUUAUGAAAUUGUGUACUCGCUAUUGCGCGCAUACAAGGCAAGUUAAGAGCAAGUAACACAAGGCAAGAUAUAAUCCGUAAUGUAGAGAAAGUAACUACAGUAAUAACUUAAUAAAAAGAAGGAACGAAAUGAGAAGGCAGGAGUGUAAAUAAAUACACAUUAUGCUUAGAAACAUUAAGCAACAAUGUACUUGGAAAAUAAAAUGUAUAUAACGCAAUGUACUUUUAAUUAUACAUUAGGUGAAACAAUAAACAGCUUCUUUUGUUGUUUGCAAA